CUUCAACACACAAGAGAAAGCUAAGCUGAGCUUAGUGCAGGUGCUUCAUUAAGAGAACAAGAGUGGAACAUGGAGAUUGAGGAAGUUGGCAACUUUGAAGCACAAGCACUUCCCUUGCUCUCAUUGAACCAUGUGUCUCUCUUGUGUAGAUCAGUGUGGGAGUCUAUGAGGUUUUAUGAGCAAGUCUUGGGCUUUGUUCUCAUCAAACGCCCAUCUUCUUUCAAUUUCAAUGGAGCCUGGUUUUACAAUUAUGGUAUUGGAAUACACUUGAUUGAGAAUCCAGACAUAGACCAAUUUGAUACCUGCGUGAAUGAAUUACGGCCUAUUAAUCCCAAGGACAAUCAUAUAUCAUUCCAGUGUACGGAUGUUGGACUUGUUAAGAGUAGGUUAGAAGAUAUGGGGAUGAGGUAUGUAACAGCUGUGGUAGAGGAUGGUGGAAUCAAGGUGGAACAGGUGUUCUUCCAUGACCCUGACGGGUACAUGAUUGAGCUUUGUAACUGUGAGAAUAUCCCAAUCAUUCCUGUUUCUUCAUGCUCUUUCAAGCCUCGAGGCCAGAGCUUUAAGAAGUCUCCUACCAAGUGUGGACUCAUGGAGAGUGUGAUGAUGGAAAGCUUGAGCAUGGACAUGAUGAACUUCUCGUUUUAAUUUGUCUAUAGUUUUAAAACAACAAAGUGAAGGACAUUAACUUCACUUCCUUUUAUUUUUUGUUUGUAAGAUAAGUAAAGAGUUUGUUGAUCAAAACAGAGAAAAAAAUGAUAGGUUGGGGGAUAUGAAGAGAAGACUGAUAUUGAUUUAUGUUAAAAUCUAUCCAAAAUCCUGUUUGUGGUCUUGAAGUCUUGGUUUGUGAAGGUUGGGCCAAAGAAAAACACUAUUGUAUAAUGUGGUGUUUGAAAUAAUAAGAAAUUGUGAGAUUGCUCAGUU